GAGGGCUGGGAGGGAUUCCGAGAAAAGGGGGUGCGGGGUCCGUUGGCGCUCUCAGCCCUACGUCUCCGCGAAAUAGAAGGGGGCGCGGGGCAGGUGUCCGCGGGGGUCCCGGGGCCACCUGUCUCUGGCACCCCCUUCCUCGGGCGCGCGCCCUCCGCCCGCGGAGCCGGGCCGUGGGGGCGGCCGCCCCGAGCAUGCGCACCGCCUGUGCGGCGGGCGGGCGCCGAGUCGGGGCGAGGGGACGCGGGGUGGCGCGAAGCGGGGCCCUCUGCUGCCCCGCACUCCCAUGUACGCCUUCUACUCGCUGCUCAUCUACAUCUUCUACAGCCUCUUCCGCAGGGAUGGCGGGGCCGCGGGGCCCGCCGACCCCGGGGACCCGGCGCAGAGGGCCCGCAGCAAGCCUGGGGGUCGCCGCCGCCCCGACCAGCCCACGGCAGAACUGUGGACCGAGCUGACCGGCUUGGUCGGCUGCUCUGAGUCUGAGGAUGGGCCGGUCGGGGGAGCCGAGGGCCACGCAACCGAGGUCUCCUUGGAAGAGGCUCUGGUGCGUCUUGCGGAGUUCCUCUCGGCCCAGCUGGGGGCGGAAGAGAGCUGCGGGAAUCCUCCAGACGUGACCAAGCCUGGUGAUGUUCCCCUACUGUUGACGGUGACCGGUCAGCUUUUGGCCCUCUUGGCAUGGAUUCGGAGCCCCAGGGGAAGGCAGGCCCUGCCCCAGGGGACUCAGUCAGCCUCGGGGGUGCAACCCUCAACUCCCGCUGGGCCCCCAUCCCAAGAAGAAAGCCCUUCCCUUUCACCAAGGGGUGAGACCCAGGGGCAACAGUCCCCCCAGUUGGAAGAGGACCAGAGAGCUUGGCAGCGGCUGGAACAGCUCAUCCUUGGACAGCUGGAAGAACUGAAGCAGCAGCUAGAACUGCAGGAGGAGGAGCUGGGCCGGCUGCGCCUGGGAGUGGGGGCGACAGACUCGGAGAAGAGGGUUCAGCACCUUACUCUGGAGAACGAGGCCCUGAAGCAGAGCCUGAGCCUCACUCGGGACCUCCUGCUGCACUGGGGCCCCGGCCCCUCCACCAGGGCUCCCCAGGAUGAGGCAGAGGCACUAGUGGAGCUUCAGGGCCGGCUUCAGGAGGCCCAGGACACCACAGAAGCUCUCCGAGUCCAGCUGGGGGUGCAGGAGGUGCAGCUGCAGGGCCUUCGGGGGGCCCUCCGGCAGCUCCAGCAGGAGACUGAGCAGAACUGCAGAAGGGAGCUGCAGCAGAUGCAUGGGCAGCUGGCAGGACUCCGGGCACGCAUGGCCAGCCUGCGUCAGGGCUGUGGGGACCUCCGAGGAUUGGUCAGCACCUUCACCCAGAGCUGUCAGGGUUCGUUGAGCGAGGCCCAGGGCCAGGUAUCCUGGGCCCUGGGAGCACUGUCAGCCAGAGGGGCUGGGACUCAGCUCCCUGAGGAGCAGCAGAGGACCCCAACUGGAUGCCCAGGGCGACUGCUGGAGCUCAAGGGAAAUAUCCGUGUGCUGUGUCGGCUGAGGCCAGGAACACCCUCCAGCCUGGUGUGCUCAGAGCCCGGCCCGGGUGGCAGUGUCACCACCUGUUAUCGAGGGCGCCAGCAUCGCUUCCAUCUGGACUGGGUCUUCCCUCCAGAUGCCAGCCAGGAGGAGGUCUUCAGGGAGCUGGAGCCGGCUGUGCUGUCCUGCCUUCGAGGCUACAGUGUCUGCAUUUUCACCUAUGGUCAGACAGGGACUGGGAAGACCUACAGCAUGGAGGGCCCACCCGAGGACCCUGGCAUAGCUCCUAGGGCGCUGCAGUCAUUGUUCCGGGAGAUGGGGACCGGAGGUCAGCACCGCGUGACCCUCAGCAUGGUGGAGAUCUACAACGAGGCUGUCAGGGACCUCCUAGCCCCAGGGCCUCCCGAGCGCCUGGCCGUGAGGCAGGGCCCAGCAGGCCAAGGGGGGAUCCAGGUGGCUGGCCUCACCUACUGGGACGUGCCCAACCUGGAGACGCUGCACCAGAUGCUGAGCCUGGGGAGGAGCAACCGGGCCACCGCCGCCACCGCCAUGAACCAGCACAGCUCCCGUUCGCACGCGAUGGUCACGCUGACGCUGCGCGCGGCGUUCCCACCGCGCGGUCCGGGCCCCGCAGGCACGCUGCACCUGGUGGACCUGGCGGGAUCCGAGCGUGCCUGGAAGGCGGGGGCGGCCGGCACGGCGCGGGGAGACUCGGACGGCGCCCAGCGUCUGCGGGAGGCCCGGACCAUCAACCGCUCGCUGUUGGCGCUGGGAGGCGUGAUGGCUGCGCUGCGGGCCCGCAGGCCACACGUGCCCUUCCGCGAUUCGCAGCUCACGCGCCUGCUGCAGCCGGCGCUCGGUCCCGGCGCCACUGCCGUGCUGCUGCUGCAGCCCUCCAAGCCCCGGCCCCGACAGCGGCUCCAGCUCGGCCCUCGUGCCCCCGGAGGACCUGCCCUCGUAGUCCUGCCCAGGGAGUCUAGGGUCGCACUUCUGUCGGCGGAGGCAGCGAAGUUUCUACACCCAAACAACCUUCUUGACCUUUUGGGGGCCCACUGCCCCCCAAACUCCCAGAGUUGCCCCUCCCCCCGCCCCGCGAGGAGGAGUGUUAAGCCUGGAAAAUGAUUGCUCCCCAGGCCCUCAGCUCCCUCCUUAUCACCAUUUGCUGUUAUCGCGGCACACAGCAGGGAUCCCAGAGCUGCGGGAGGGGACGCAGACCCGGGCCCAGUGUUACCCGAGUCACCAGUUACCGACCCCACCACCAAAAAUCAGACUUGCCAUUAAAAUCUGGUCUGUUCCUUUACUGUGCUCUUCCCCACUACCAUCACCAGAACUACUGUAGGGUCCUUCUUCCCGAUCCCUUUUCCCCAAAAAGGUGCUAUCUCCUUCCCAGACAGUUAAGGGGGCACAAGACUUAAGGCUGGAGCCGCUAUUAGGUUGUCCCUCCCCCAGCCUGCAGCCAGGGAGGGGAGGCGACAGAUGGUGAUGGAUGGAGGGAUGGACGGACGGACAGACGGCCAGAGAAGGUGGGACCUGGAAAGGGACAGGAAGGGCUACUCCAAGCAGAGCCCUGCUCCUUCCAGCUUUGCCUCUGGGGGUAGGAGAGGCAUGACUGACCAUCAGGGCCAGGGUGGUGCCCAGCUGGGCCACAACCCUUCGUGGGGCUGUCCAAUAAACAUUGUGGACUCAGAA